GCCUGCGACAUUGAUUUGAGAAAGGAUUUGUUCAAAAACAUCGUGCUCAGUGGAGGAAACACCAUGUUUCCCGGUAUAGCCGAGCGGCUUGAAUCCGAGCUGCAGGCCUUGGCGCCUCAGAAGAUCAACGUCAAGGUGGUGGCGAACCCGCAGAGAAGGUACAUUGUUUGGAUGGGUGCAUCCAUUCUGUCCCAGCUGUCUAGCUUCCACAACAUGCUGAUCUCGAAGCAGGAAUAUGAUGAUGUCGGCCCUGCGAUUGUUCACAGUAAGUGCUUCUAG